AACAGAGGGCCGUGAAGACCUGCCAGUUCGGACGCCAUGCGGAGCCAGAGCACACACCGAGCCGCAGUUGAAGAAACCGCUCUCGGGGCUGGAAGGAGGCGGAGCAGCAACUCGGGUUGAGCCUAGUGAAGAGUCUUAAAAUGCAUGCAGCAGGCCUCGGACAGCCCCCUGCGCCAGGCACUCUGGGAUUCGUAGUUUUUGUCCGGGACGGCUUUUCGGACCACCUCGUUCGCCGGCCUUCUAACAUCGCCUUUAUUCUCGCCCUCCCCGCCCGGCACGCCGCCUCCCCGGUCGCCGCACGUCCUCACGUACGACUACACUACCCAGAAGUCUCUUCUUCGCGUCCCGGCGCGGCGCCCGGCUCCUUUGGACUACAGUUCCCAGAAGUCCACUGGAGAAGUGCUUCCCUCUCUCCUUUCCAAGACCACAAUUCCCAGAGACUUCAGUUUCACGGCGAUUGUCUUCUUACUCUAUUUCUUCCUGAGCUGGCCAGGCUUCGAGCGGCCAAGAGGCGCACAGCGACGACGUGACCCCUCGUAACCGGACACGGGGUUCCCGCAGCGGCCCUUUUCCCCCCUCACUCAGUUAUCCCCCUCGCAGGCCGUCGCGUCUGGCCUGAGCGGUGACCUGGCGGGCCGCGCCUGCGCCGUGCCCCGUUUCCUGCCUGGCUGGUGGCGGCAGCCAUUUUGUUCAUCCUCCUCCUCCUCCUGCUCCUCCUGGUUGGAGCGCAGUGUCCGGAGCAGGCUGGGGGGAGAGAACCCGAGAGCAGGGUUCGGUGCCUUUUCCUCUGACCCCCUCUGGUGCCCGGAGUCCCCCUCCCCUUCCUCCCCACCCCCUCCCCUCCCCAACCCUGCCCUCCCCCUUGUCCCGGGAUCACUCCGUCGCACCCACCAUGAUGGAAGACGACGGGCAGCCCCGGACUCUAUACGUAGGCAACCUCUCCAGAGAUGUGACAGAAGUCCUUAUCCUUCAGUUGUUCAGUCAGAUUGGACCCUGUAAAAGCUGUAAAAUGAUAACAGAGCAACCCGAUAGCAGAAGGGUCAACUCUUCUGUUGGAUUUUCUGUUUUGCAGCAUACAAGCAAUGACCCAUAUUGCUUUGUGGAAUUUUAUGAACACAGAGAUGCAGCUGCUGCAUUAGCUGCUAUGAAUGGGAGAAAAAUUUUGGGGAAGGAGGUCAAAGUAAACUGGGCAACAACACCAAGUAGCCAGAAAAAAGAUACUUCCAAUCACUUCCAUGUGUUUGUUGGGGAUUUGAGUCCAGAAAUUACAACAGAAGAUAUCAAAUCAGCAUUCGCCCCCUUUGGUAAAAUAUCGGAUGCCCGAGUAGUUAAAGACAUGGCAACUGGAAAAUCCAAAGGCUAUGGUUUUGUGUCUUUUUAUAACAAACUGGAUGCAGAGAAUGCAAUCGUGCACAUGGGAGGUCAGUGGUUGGGGGGUCGUCAAAUCAGAACCAACUGGGCCACACGGAAACCGCCUGCACCUAAAAGUACACAAGAAAAUAACACUAAGCAGCUGAGAUUUGAAGAUGUAGUGAACCAGUCCAGUCCAAAAAAUUGUACUGUGUACUGCGGAGGAAUCGCGUCUGGGUUGACAGAUCAACUUAUGAGACAAACAUUUUCACCAUUUGGACAAAUCAUGGAAAUAAGAGUUUUUCCAGAGAAGGGCUAUUCAUUUGUCAGAUUUUCGACCCACGAGAGUGCGGCCCAUGCCAUUGUCUCGGUGAACGGCACCACGAUCGAAGGACAUGUUGUUAAAUGCUAUUGGGGUAAAGAAUCUCCUGAUAUGACUAAAAACUUCCAACAGGUCGACUACAGUCAGUGGGGCCAGUGGGGCCAGGUCUAUGGAAACCCGCAGCAGUACGGGCAGUACGUGGCUAACGGGUGGCAAGUGCCGCCCUACGGGGUGUACGGGCAGCCGUGGAACCAGCAAGGGUUCGGAGUAGAUCAAUCACCUUCUGCUGCUUGGAUGGGUGGAUUUGGUGCUCAGCCUCCCCAGGGACAAGCUCCUCCCCCCCCUGUAAUACCUCCUCCUAACCAAGCUGGAUAUGGUAUGGCAAGUUACCAAACGCAGUGAGCUGGGACUCUGAACACGGUUGUAAUUCACGAUAGCUUCAGUUUCCUGUGACACUCUGAAGACAUGGAAGUAGACAUCGGAAAAUGGAAAUAUUUAUUUUAAAAAUGGAAAUGUUUGGAACCUUUAGCACAGCUUUGCUUUGGUGAAGGACACGUGUCUUCUAGUUCUGCCUUUUUAAGUUUUUGUUCAUGAUGGAUAUGAACAUGAUUUUUCUUUGUGUACAAAAACUAAAAUAAAGUCAAUAAAGACAAUUCUGACUACAAAUUUUGA